AUAAUUCUAGAUUCUAUGAGUUCUUUUUUUUUACAGACGAUCGAUAAUAUUGCUAAUUAUGUUGGUGGACCACCCGCUGCAGAUAGCGGAGAAAAGGAACAUGUAUUAGUAUGUCUAAAAAUCGAAAUUGGUGGACGAAAAGGAGUUAUGCUCCUUGAUCCUGGAUAUCAUGUAGCUCGAGUAAUUACUGUGAUGGAGGAUAAGUUAUACCCACAUACGGGCUGGUUUAUUCAAUCUGAUGAACCAGAUUGCAAAAAAGAGUACAAUUACUUUCUAUGCACUAAUGAUCCUGAUUACAUUGAAUGGCAUGAGAGAAAAACUCGAUCUGGUACCCUAGAGAGAACACAAGUUGCUCUUAUAUACGUGGCAAGGCCUUAUUUAACUGCCAUUGAUGUUACUGAACGCAGAAAUUUAGUUUAUAACUUCAGGAGCCUUCUUGCAAGAGAUACUAAAGGUCAUGUUACAGCUGGUAUAUAUUUUCCUGUUGUGCUAGAUAUAAACAAUGCACAAACCUUUUCAAUUUUUUAUCAAACUAACAAUGGCAAAAAACGAAUUAAAAUGGCAUUCAACAAAUUCUGCAGUUCACCGAAGGUACAUGCCUGGUGCCGAAGAAAAAGAAGUCAUUGCUGAAUGUGCUCGGCAAUUAGGUCUCUCGCAAGUUACCCUAGAGGAUCUAUUAUGUACUCUUGCAACAGUUAUGAGUGACUCAGCCUUCGUGGCUCAACUCCUGGCUAUUAAUUCAAGAAUCAACACUUUAGCAGAGGACAAUUAACAGAAGUCAAUCUGCCCUGUGUGGUGCAGACAAUAUAUAAUGUAUCAUUUUUUUUGCCGGCUUUCCUCUUACGUUCUUUUUAUUUUGUUGAUGGUUAUCUUAAUAGCUCUCCUAUGUACUACAGAUAUUAAUUUUAUUCUGAUUAUAAAAUAGGGUAUAAUAUUUUUUAAUGAACUUUAGUAAAACUUGUGUAUUUAA